AAAGGUGCAACGUGGCAUUUUCUCAGCCACCCCCAUCACUCUCGUCCCAACAUUCACUAUCGUGCGCAUAGUGCGCACCGUUCACGGUAGUAUCCUCUCGAUGGCCAGCAUCCAACCACCUGGGUCAGCUCCUUCCUUCGACUCCAGGCGCAUAUUAGCAAACCAUUAGUCCAUGUAAUUUAAGGCGGGAAAACACACGUAGACAGUUCAAAAUCCACCACUCUCAAGUCUCACCUUCUGCAAAUUAUGAGGCCACCGAUACAUCCACUCUCCACCUCUCGAAACCCGACAAUGGCGUCCGGGUCGAACUCCCUUAUGUGGUUCAGAAAGGGGCUCCGACUACACGACAACCCGGCGUUGGAGCACGCCGCGAGGGGUUCGGAGUUUCUGUACCCGCUGUUCGUGAUCGACCCGCACUACAUGGAACCGGACCCGACGGCCUCCUCUCCCGGUUCGAAGCGGUCCGGGUUGAACCGAAUCGGAUUUUUGCUCGAGAGCCUGGCAGACCUCAACCUGAAUCUGCAGAAAUUGGGGUCGCGUUUGCUGGUGCUCAAGGGCGAGCCAAGCGAGGUCUUGUUUCGCUGCUUGAAGGAGUGGAGCAUAAAGAAGCUAUGCUUUGAGUUUGACACAGAUCCAUAUUAUAGGUCCCUGGAUGAUAAAGUGAAGAAAUAUGCUGCUGCUGCUGGUAUAGAAAUUUUCUCUCCCGUGAGUCAUACACUUUUCAAUCCUGCAGAUAUUAUUCAGAAGAAUGGAGGGAGGCCACCGUUGACUUAUCAAUCUUUCGUUAAACUUGCUGGAGAGCCCUCGUUUAACUCGUCUCCCAUAUUAACUGAGCUUAGUGGGCUUCCUCCUGUUGGAAAUGUUGGGGAGUGCCCAGUAUCAGAAGUCCCCUCAAUCAAUGAACUUGGCUAUGAGAACAUUCCAGAGAACGAGAGGACUCCUUUCAAAGGUGGUGAAUCUGAAGCAUUGAGAAGGUUGAGAGAAUCCAUUUCUAAUGAGGAAUGGGUAGCUAACUUUGAGAAACCCAAGGGAGAUCCAUCUUCAUUUCUAAAACCAGCCACUACUGUUUUAUCUCCUUAUUUGAAAUUUGGCUGUCUUUCUUCUAGAUAUUUCUACCAAUGCAUUCAAGAGGUUCAGGGCCGUAGCAAAAGGCACACAUCUCCUCCAGUUUCCCUUCUAGGACAAUUGUUAUGGAGAGACUUCUUUUACACGGUUGCCUUUGGAACGCCAAAUUUUGAUAAAAUGAAGGACAAUAGAAUUUGCAAACAGAUACCGUGGAAAGAUGAUGAUGAAUUGCUGGCUGCUUGGAGGGAUUGCAGGACGGGAUUUCCAUGGAUCGAUGCUAUAAUGAUGCAGCUUCGAAAAUGGGGAUGGAUGCACCAUCUCGCUCGCCAUUGUGUCGCUUGUUUUCUAACCCGUGGAGAUUUGUUUGUGCAUUGGGAAAAAGGACGUGAUGUUUUUGAGAGGCUUCUUAUCGAUUCAGAUUGGGCAAUUAACAAUGCUAACUGGAUGUGGCUAUCCUGCUCGUCGUUCUUUUACCAGUACAACCGGAUCUAUUCUCCAAUCUCAUUUGGGAAGAAAUACGACCCUAAUGGCAACUAUAUUAGGCAUUUUCUUCCAGUUUUAAAAGACAUGCCUAAGGAGUAUAUUUAUGAGCCAUGGACAGCCCCUCCAAGCAUACAAGUUAAAGCUAAAUGCAUUAUCGGCAAAGAUUAUCCAAAACCAGUUGUCACACAUGAUGUUGCAAGCAAAGAAUGUCGGGGGAUAUUGUAUGAAGCUUAUGAGCUGAACAAAAGUUUAAAUGGCAAAGUGAGUGAAGAAGAUCUAAAUAGUUUGAGGAGGAAACUGGAUGAAGAUAAGAAGCAGAAGCCGAAACCCAAGAGGCUAAAACAGACAUUGGUAAAUAAGGAUGUUUUAAUCAGCUCAGAAUGAUCAUAUAAACUAGUUAUAUUUGAGAAAUAUUAUUAUUAUUAUUAUGUUAUGAGAUAAAUAGACAUUCUUCAUUGGUUUACUUUUCUGCACAAGUGAUUUUUUUUGUUAAUGACCCCUGUUGGUUUUAGGGUGCG